AUGGUCGUUUCAAACUCAAAAAAGAAUAUUGAGGGUUGCAAACUACCGGUAAAACUACCGGACUCCGACUUUUUCCAUAAUGCUGAGGUUUUGGGUACCCGUGAUGUAGGUGAUUGUACAUACUAUUACGUUCACUAUGAUGACUAUAAUAAACGGCUGGAUGAAUGGGUUAGUGCAGACCGCCUCGACUUUUCUAAAAUAGAACGACCACUAAAGAAAUCGACCAAAGAACCCGUCACACCUGUUUUCAGCUUAUCCUCCACUGAGGACGAAGUUAUUAGUUCAGCGGAGCUCCGAGCGACAGAUUCGGAUUUGAACCCUCCUCUGAAAUAUCGUAGCUCCAGCUCCUCUAGUUUGACUCAACUGAAAAGAAAACGACCACCUGACGAUAUCUAUGAAGGACCCAUACAUUUAACGCUACAGAAUGACGUGAAUGAUCUUGUGUUCGAUGACUCUCCAACGUCAGCUGGAAAACCCAGGCAAACAGGCAGUAUGGUUUCUAGCCACCAUGAACAAGAUACUGUUACGAGAAUGAGAAAUCUGGAAUGGAUUGAAUUAGGAAGAUAUCGAAUUAAACCAUGGUACUUUUCCCCAUAUCCACAGGAAUUAGCAAGUGUUCCGUGUGUAUAUAUAUGCGAAUUCUGUCUGAAGUAUUUGAAGAGUUUCACAUGUCUGCGCAGACACUUGGCUAAAUGUACACUAAGAAAUCCUCCUGGAAACGAGGUUUACCGCAAACUGCCUCACAGUUUUUUCGAAAUCGAUGGACGUAAAAAUAAAACUUAUGCUCAACACCUUUGUUUACUUGCAAAACUGUUCCUGGAUCACAAAACCUUGUAUUAUGAUACAGAUCCAUUCUUAUUCUACGUUCUUUGUGAAAUAGACUCUCGUGGUUACCAUCUAGUUGGAUAUUUCUCAAAAGAAAAAGAAUCUUCUGAAGAUUACAAUGUGGCAUGCAUCUUAGUACUUCCACCUUUUCAACGAAAAGGUUAUGGAAAAUAUUUGAUUGAAUUUAGCUAUGAAUUGAGCAAAAUUGAAGGUAAAUCCGGAUCACCUGAAAAACCGCUAAGUGAUUUGGGUCUAUUAUCUUAUCGCUCUUAUUGGGCUCAAACAAUUCUUGAAUUGUUACUAAACUCUAAAGCAACAGAAACUGGUCAGGAUCCAGCAUUAAGUAUAAAUGAUAUUGUUGAUAGAACAUGUAUUAAACGAGAUGAUGUAAUUGCUACCUUAUCUCAUUUAAAUGUAUUAUACUAUGUGAAAGGACAACAUGUUAUCUAUUUAUCACGUGAUCUUAUACAAGCACAUCAAAAAGCUAUGCAACGUCGUAAUUUACGUGUUGAUGCAAAAUUACUUAAUUGGAAAUCAAGAGAUUGGAGUAAACGUGGUCGAUGGUGA